AUGGCGGUGAACUCGGUAGCGAACGUCCCGCAGUUACUCUACGCGAAUGGGCAGUCACCGAAGAUUGUUGCGGGGAGUAAAGACGGCGUGUUUGUUGAUUUCUUCGGAUUGUACUGUAAAUCCAGCAAGCGUGUUCGUCGAAGGAUUGGUUAUGCGGCAGCUAAUAGGAGAAGCUUGAUAAACAACAAGUGGAAUGCAAUUAACGCUGCUCUUGACCUUGAACGUGUUGCCACUAAUGCAUCUCAGCAAUCCUCUGAUAUUGUGCCUAAGGUUGCUGACUUGGAUGAUAUAAUAUCUGAAAGAGGCGCAUGUGGGGUUGGUUUUAUCGCAAAUUUGGACAAUAAAGCAUCACAUGGAAUCGUCAAGGAUGCUCUUGUAGCUCUUGGCUGCAUGGAACAUCGUGGAGGUUGUGGAGCUGACAAUGAUUCUGGUGAUGGUUCUGGAGUGAUGACUUCAAUUCCUUGGGAUCUUGUCAACGAUUGGGCUGAGAAAGAAGGGAUUGCAGUCUUUGACAAGCUUCAUACUGGAGUUGGAAUGAUUUUUCUUCCUAAGGAUUGUAAUCAGAUGAAUGAAGCCAAGAAAGUUAUUUCCAAUAUCUUUAACAAUGAGGGUCUUGAGGUGCUUGGAUGGAGGCCGGUUCCUGUAGAUUCUUCUGUAGUUGGAUAUUAUGCAAAAGAAACUAUGCCCAACAUACAGCAGGUUUUUGUUCGAAUUGUUAAAGAGGAAAAUGUUGAUGACAUCGAAAGAGAACUCUAUAUCUGUCGAAAACUCAUUGAGAGAGCUGUGAACUCAGAGAUUUGGGGAAAUGAACUUUAUUUUUGUUCGUUGUCCAAUCAAACUAUAGUUUACAAGGGAAUGCUUCGUUCUGAAGUCCUUGGGAGGUUUUAUUAUGACUUACAAAGUGAGCUGUAUACAUCGCCUUUCGCUAUUUACCAUCGUAGAUUCAGUACAAACACCAGUCCCAGGUGGCCUCUUGCUCAACCAAUGAGGUUUCUAGGUCAUAACGGAGAGAUCAACACUAUUCAGGGAAACUUGAAUUGGAUGCAAUCCAGAGAGGCCUCAUUGAAAUCAACUGUUUGGCGUGACCGUGAGAAUGAAAUCCGUCCUUUUGGCAACCCGAAGGCGUCUGAUUCUGCAAAUUUAGAUAGUGCGGCUGAAUUACUCAUAAGAAGUGGCCGAGCUCCUGAGGAAGCACUAAUGAUUCUUGUCCCAGAAGCUUAUCAAAAUCAUCCAACAUUGACUAUUAAAUAUCCGGAGGUUCUUGAUUUUUAUAAUUACUACAAGGGUCAGAUGGAAGCUUGGGAUGGGCCAGCCUUACUCUUGUUCAGCGAUGGGAAGACAAUUGGAGCUUGUCUCGAUCGUAAUGGACUUCGCCCUGCUAGAUAUUGGCGGACCAAAGACAACGUUGUUUAUGUUGCGUCUGAGGUUGGUGUGCUACCCAUGGAUGAAUCAAAAGUUACAAUGAAAGGACGUUUAGGUCCUGGUAUGAUGAUAAGUGUUGAUCUUUCAAGUGGUCAGGUAUUUGAGAAUACAGAAGUCAAAAAGCGAGUUGCAUUGUCAAAUCCAUAUGGGGAGUGGGUUAAAGAAAAUUUGCGAUCUUUGAAGCCUGUGAACUUUCUUUCGACAACAGUAAUGGACAGUGAAAUAAUACUAAAACGCCAACAGGCAUAUGGUUAUUCUAGCGAGGAUGUUCAAAUGGUUAUUGAAAGUAUGGCUGCACAAGGGAAGGAGCCUACAUUUUGUAUGGGAGAUGAUAUUCCCUUGGCUGUGUUAUCUCAAAAGCCACAUAUGCUAUAUGAUUAUUUCAAGCAGCGGUUUGCUCAGGUUACAAAUCCAGCUAUUGAUCCUCUAAGAGAAGGAUUAGUCAUGUCUCUUGAAGUCAAUCUUGGCAAGCGUGGAAAUAUACUAGAGGUUGGACCUGAAAAUGCAUCUCAGGUUAUUUUGCCUAGUCCUGUACUUAAUGAAGGAGAGCUUGAAUCUCUGUUGAAAGAUUCACACUUGAAAGCUCAUGUUUUGCCAACAUUUUUUGAUGUUGGGAAAGGAGUUGAAGGGUCCUUGAAAAGGUCACUGUAUAAACUAUGUGAGGCAGCUGAUGAAGCUGUUAGAAAUGGUGCUCAAUUGCUUGUCCUCUCUGAUAGAUCUGAUGAACUGGAAGCUACUCGGCCUUCGAUUCCAAUACUUCUUGCUGUAGGUGCUGUUCACCAGCACCUGAUUCAGAAUGGCCUUAGAAUGUCGGCUUCAAUUGUUGCUGAUACUGCCCAGUGCUUCAGUACUCAUCAGUUUGCUUGCUUGAUCGGAUAUGGUGCAAGAACAGAUUCUGAACUUAAUCUUAGCCAAAAGGCUGAGAAAUGUAUCGUUCAGUCUGCAAAGACAUACUUAUAUAUUCUUUCUUCAUUCAGUGCUGUGUGUCCAUACUUGGCAUUCGAAACAUGUCGACAGUGGCGCUUGAGCACUAAAACUGUGAAAUUGAUGCGGAAUGGGAAAAUGCCUACUGUUACCAUUGAACAAGCUCAAAAGAACUUUUGCAAGGCAGUUAAAUCUGGCCUUCUCAAAAUUCUUUCAAAAAUGGGAAUCUCCUUGCUCUCGAGUUAUUGUGGUGCACAAAUAUUUGAAAUCUAUGGAUUGGGAAAGGAGGUCGUAGAUGUUGCAUUCUGUGGCAGUAAAUCGAGCAUCGGUGGAUUGACCCUUGAUGAGGUGAACGAAAUGAGGAGUGCAGACUAUGUAGAUUUUCUCUUCCCUUGCUUGUGCACCCCUCACAUCCCACUGUAG